AUUGAAGGACAAGGAAAAUGUGGUGUUGCUGUUGUAAGGAUAACAGGUAUUCAUGCUAAAAUAGCUAUAGAAAAAAUGACAAAAAUAAGUAAACUUGAAUCUAGAAGAGCUUAUCUAAGGAACAUUUGUAAUCCUUAUACCGGAGAAAUUAUAGAUAAAGGAAUAUGUCUGUGGUUCCCAGCUCCAAAUUCGUUUACCGGUGAAGAUAGUGUCGAAUUUCAAGUGCACGGUGGCAGUGCAGUAAUUACCGCUGUAAUGACUGCGCUAUCAAAACUAAACUUUCGUCCAGCAAUGCCUGGAGAAUUUACGAGACGAGCUUUCCUUAACAAUAAAUUAGAUUUAACAGAAAUUGAAGGUUUAGCUGAUUUAAUUCAUGCUGAGACCGAACUACAAAGAAAACAAGCUUUACUUCAAGCUCAUGGCAAUCUUAGUAUUUUAUACAGUAGUUGGAGAACAAAUCUUUUGCAAUAUCUAGCACACAUAGAGGCUUAUAUAGACUUUGGCGAAGAGGAUAAUAUUGAAAGUAACGUUUUAGAACAAUGUAAUAUUGAUUUAAAAAAUUUCACUGAAAAUAUUGAAAAACACUUAUCAGAUGGGAGAAAAGGAGAGAUUUUGCGGAAUGGUAUAAGAACUGUUAUACUUGGAGAACCCAAUGUCGGAAAAAGCAGUCUACUAAAUGCCGCGAUAGUAACUGCAGUUCCAGGCACAACAAGAGACGUUAUUGAAUUAACAGCAAAUAUUUCUGGUUAUCCAGUACUAUUAGCCGAUACUGCUGGUCUGAAUAACUUUUCAAAAGAUAUUAUUGAAAUGGAAGGUAUAAAGAGGGCUCGAGAUCAAGCUAGUAAAGCAGACUUUAUUAUAUUAGUAAUCAGUGCAUUAGAAUACAAAGAAAGUAAAAAGAUGCCGAAUGAAUAUCUUUAUAAUUAUAUUAAAAAUCUUAAAUUGGAAGAUUUACUUUUAAAGAAUGGCCAUUUAAUUAGCAAUUGUAUGAUAAUUAUUAACAAAAUAGAUUUAUUAAGUAUUAAUGAUAAACGAACAUUAAGAGAUAAUAAUUUUAUUGGUAUUUCCUGUAUUAAUGAAGAAGGCUUUCAAGAUUUAUUUGAAUCUGUGAAUAAAUAUUUUCUACAAAUAUGCGGAAAUCCUUCGGCGGAGAAUCCAACAAUAAGUCAAGAAAGGCAUAGAAAUCAUAUUACAAAUUGCCACAAAUAUCUUCUAAAUUAUUUUGAAAUAACAUCGAAUAAAAAUUAUGAUAUUGCCCUAUCUUGCCAAGAAAUUCGUAAAGCAGCUCGAGAACUUGGAAGAAUUACUGGUAAUAUUAGCACAGAAGAAGUAUUAGAUACAAUAUUUAAACAUUUUUGUAUUGGUAAAUAAUACUUUAUUUUUGUUAUAA